CACUCCCAUCUAUAAAACUAUCUUUACCAAGCCAAUCAAAAAAUCAGUCCAUUUAUGGCUCUUGUGCGGAUUCAACCUACUAUUCCAAAUAUGUGGCGCUUCUUUCUCCACGGUUCGAAUGGUGUACGCUCUCGCCAUUGUAGGAUUUGAUCACGUCCCAAUUAUUGAUCUUGGUUUGGUCACUUAUCAAUCGGUAGGGUUUGGAGUAAAUGCUAUUAUUUUGACCUUGAUUUGGUGGAAAGAUGACGAAUUUCGAGGAUUGCUUAACCUAUUGGUGACCCCAAGCAGAAGGAAUAAGGUACAAACCGCUGCGAAGGAUACUUUCUCUCGACUGAUUCCAUGGGUCAUUCCAGCAGUUUAUGGGCAAUCUAUGUGCAAUUCAUUCCUCUUCGUGAAAAGAAGGGACAGCGUGCAGUACGUUUGGGGACUGUUGGAUCCUGACUGGAAAAAUAAGUACACUUUGGGAUUCAUAAGCGUUUAUGAGUUUCUAAUUCCUAUGAAUAGUUGGAAUGUUGCAUUAUUCGUGUUUUUCACGUACUCGUCGUACACACAUUUUGUUGGGAUUCAUUUGAAGAAGCUGGGGGAAUUUCAAAGUACUAUGCGUAACCCGCCAUCUAGUGGAAAAGUCUGCCGUAAUUAUGCCAUGUCAUACCGGCAACUACAAAUCACGACCAAUCUCCACCACGCCUGUUUCGGGGAGUACGUCAUACCUCUGGCAGUAACGGUUUUGCUCUUUCUUGACUCAUGGAUGACCUUUGCGACCUUCAAGCUGGCCAAAAGUCCACUGAUAUCGAUAUCGGAGCCGUCAUUUUUCAUUUUUCCCCUGGGAACGUUUGCCCUCUUCAUUGUGGCUUUUUGCUUCAAUGGGGCGGGACUAUUGCUAUUUGAGGAGUCGACUCGAUUAGUGGAAGAAUACGAGAAGAGCAGGAUGAUGCGGAGGACGAGAUUGUGUCAGAGUUUGAAACCACUUAAGGCUCAAGUGGGCUCAUUUUAUUAUUUUAAGAAAAUUUCUCUUCUACUGUUCGCAUCAAAUGUGGUUGGCCUGACGAUUAAUUUGUUGCUUACGUUUUAGCAGUUUAUACAUAAAUUUAGGUAUUUGUAAACCAUACUGAUGUAAUUUUGAAUAAUUAUCUAAACAUGCUGUUUACAUAAAUGCUAGUUAGCAUAAUUCGUAAAUUGGGAAGGAAUUAGGAAGAGCUAACCCUAGGCGAGCGAGAACAAAAAACUACCGGAGAAACGAAAUUAGGAACUUGAUGACAAGAAAUUAUCCUUCCUGAAUGCUUAAAAAUCAUA